GAGCGGCUCUGUGCUGCCGGGCGGUGGGUUGGGACCCCUUGGGCUGCAGGCCCCACUCUGGGCAGAUGUCUGCUCUCCUCGCGCCGGUGCCAUCUGCAAGCAGGGUUCUGCCUCUUGACCUCUGCCGAGGGUUUCUGCAAGGCUGCCUGCAGACUCGAGGCUGGUGAGCAGGAAGGGCUUGUGGCUUUUGUUCUGUUUGCGCAGGGAAGUGCAAAUACAGGGUCUGUUCACAAGUGUGGAAAGAGCACUUAGGAGCUCAGUAAAUAUUUGUUUUCAGUUUUCUGGUGCUGGAGCCACAUGCCCGGCUGGUGUGUUGCUUGGAUCUGCUGCAUGAGGACAAGGCACCUGAGUUCUUUGUGUAGUUGGGAUGAAAUGAUCCAGAGCCAAGUGACAUGGGACAUGUCAGCUGUCUACCUGCUCAUUAACUCUGCCUUACAGAAGUGAACUGCUUCUGUCCUCCCCCACAACGACACCGCUGCAGCUGCUGUGCCACCAUCGGUGCUGCCAUAGGGUUUCCCUGAUACUGAAAUCCAUGAGGGCAUUUCACCGUCCACAGGCAGUGCCUUGCUGCUGAAGGAGGGGUCACAGAGCCAUGGGAGCUGCCUGCCUGGAGCUGCUCUUGUCUCCAGCCUGCACUGUAGGGCCAUACACUCUUUUUCGAGGUGACCGUGCCUUAUCACCGCUCUGAACAUCUUCAUUACUAUGGAGUUCCUGUCUUUUUGGCAGCGGCCCUCCUAUGCUUUGCCUACAGAUGGCCCCAUGGCAGCUGCGGGCGUGUUAAGCAUCCCAAUAACAAUUCAGGAUAGGGCUGCCUGGAGAAGGGCUUUCAGCCAAGGGCUGGGGAGUCACCGACCCUGCACUCCCACAGCGUGGAACUGGCGGCUGUACGGGGAGCAGGGAACCCUGUGGGUGUCAUUACAUCACCUACACACUGCUUCCUUCUCUGCUUUGUGGGGGACACGGGUCUGUGAUCACAGGAGUGAUGUGGGCUGGGAGAAGCGCUGCUCUGCAGCCACAGCUGUUCCCAUGUAUCUGUCCUGCCGGGUCCUGCUCUGUGCCUCUGCCACCAGCAGCACAGAGAGAGGCUGGGGAAAACGUGCUGUCAUCCGGGGGUCCCAUGACUGCUCCCUCAUGGCUUCCUGAUGAGUCGGGCUAUGUUUGGGAAAUGCAGAGUUUGCCAUGGCAACGCAGCAGCGAGCCGGGUGGAGAUAAGUGUGCUGUGCUGCGCUCACUGGGUUUAUCUGCAGCUCCCUGGCAGAGCAGUGAGCGUGGGACUCUGCUGUGCUCCCAAACAGAAACCAUGGAGAAGUGCUCAGGGCCAAUCACAUGCACAGUGUGUGAAUGGGAGUUGGGAAGGAAGGGACAACAGGGUUUCACGGGCAAAGGCAAGGCCCUGGGUGCACCCACACGGGGUGCUGGGAGGGGUCCCACAGCGCUGUGUGAGCACUGACCCAUCUGUCCCUGCCGGGGGGCUGCAGCCGGCCCUGCGUGCACGGCUGGGGCUGGGGCUGGGUUCUGGCUCCCAGAAUGCCCGGACGGUGCCGUGGACGCAGAGCUCUGUGGGUCCCCACGGCACAAGGAAUGCGAGGGGGCUGUGGGUGAGGCUGAGUCACAGCGGGGGCUGCCCGGAGCUCCGCUCGUGCCAGGACGCGCCUCGCUUCCUUCUUCCCACUGCCGCCGCGCUCCCUUCGCAGCGUUUGCAAUGAUUCAUAUUUGCUCACGGCAGCAAACGGUCACAUACACACAACAAAGCACAGCUCCUUCCCUCGCACUGCGGACCCACAGCUCCCCAUCGCCGGGCUUUGAUCCCAGCUGCACGGCAGCGAUGCUGGGCGCAGAGCGAGGCCCCGUGGGUGAGAUUUGGCACAAACGCAGCGCAGGGCGGCGGAGAGCCGGCAUUCGCCUGGUUAAACAGCCCAGGGAGGACGCGUUGCUCACCGCGCAUUGCACAAGCUGAACGGGAGCCAGUUCUUCAUUUCUUAGAAAUAAGCGAAGCCGCGGCCCCGAGCAGCUUUCCCCGCAUCACCACUCGGCCCGGCCCCGCGCCGCGAUCCGCCCGCAGCCACUGCGAUUCUGGGAACGGCUGCGGGAGGGGCGCGGGGUCCCCGCACGUGCAGCGCCGUGGGCGCGGGGCGAGCAGAGCCGUGGGGCGUCGGGACGGGAUCCCGGCGGGGACGGGACGGGGCCGUGGGGGGGUGCAGCUCCCGCCCCGAGGGGUUCAUCCUUGGGGUGCGCACCCCCAUCCCGUGGGGUCCCCGCGGGGCCCACCGCACCGCCACGCGGGUGAGCGGGUCCCAGGGCCGCGCGGCGACGGGCACCGGACGGCCGCAGGUCCGAGGAAGCCCCGGGACGGGGUGGGAGGGGGGGCCGUGCCGCCCGCACAUGCUCGUUGCGUUGUUUUGCGGCGCCUGCCGGGGCCGCCCCGUCCCGUCCCGCCCCGCCGGGGCCGCCCCCGGGGCGCGCCGGGCACUUAAAGCGGCGCUGGGCGGCGGCGGAGCGAGUUGGAGCCGCCAUCUCUCGCCAUGCUGUUCGAUCGCCUCAAGCGCUUCCUGAUCGUGCUGGAGGGCGCGGAGCGGGGAUCGCCGGCCGCCUUCAGCCCGGGGCAGGCGGUGGUGGGGCGCGUGGUGCUGGAGCUGGCGGCGGCCGUGCGCUGCGGGGCGCUCCGGUUGCGGGCGCUCGGAGCCGCCCGCGUCCACUGGACCGAAUCGCGCAGCGCCGGUUCCAGCACCGCCUACACGCAGAGCUACAGCGAUCAGGUGGAGUUCCUCAGCCACCGCGACACGCUGCUGGCGCCGCCAGAUAACGGCGAAGUCACCGUCCUGCAGGCAGGGAGGCACGAGUUCCCCUUCACCUUCCAGCUCCCAGAGACCCUGGCAACGUCCUUCGAGGGCAAACAUGGCAGCGUGCGCUACUGGGUGAAGGCCAAGCUGCACCGACCCUGGGCCACAGUGAAAAAGGUGAAGAAGGAGUUCACUGUCAUCGAACCCAUCGACAUCAACACACCUGCACUGCUGGCUCCCCAGGCGGGUGCUAAGGAAAAACUCGCCCGCGCCUGGUACUGCAAUCGUGGCCAGGUCUCAGUGACUGCCAAGAUCGACCGCAAAGGCUACACCCCCGGUGAGGUCAUCCCUAUCUUUGCUGAGAUUGACAACUGCACCAACCGGGCGGUGGUGCCCAAAGCAGCCAUCAUUCAGACUCAGACCUUCAUCGCUCGGGGUGCCAAGAAGCAGAAGAAGUCAGUGGUGACCAGCAUUGUUGGGGACUCCAUCGCUGCGGGGAAGCGCGAGGUGUGGCACGGGCGGGCGCUGAAGAUCCCUCCGGUGGGGCCGUCCAUCCUGCAGUGCCGCAUCAUCCAAGUGGAAUAUUCCCUGAAGGUUUGUGUGGAUAUUCCUGGCACAUCCAAGCUGCUCCUGGAGCUGCCACUCGUUAUCGGGACGAUCCCACUGCAUCCAUUUGGCAGCCGCACGUCCAGCGUCAGCAGUCAGUACAGCAUCACCCUGGACUGGCUGAGCAACAUCCCUGAGCAACCCGAAGCCCCCCCCGAGUACUCAGCAGUGGUGCCCAGCCCCACAGCUGAGCAGAGCCUGGCCCCGCCGUGCCGCAGUGAGCUCGGGGCUGUUCUGGAAGGGCCCUUCUUUGCCUACAUCCAGGAAUUCCGCUUCCGACCGCCUCCGCUCUACUCAGAGAUUGACCCGAACCCACCUUCAGACAGCAUCCGCCCGCGCUGCAUGACCUGCUGAGAAGUGCUGAUGGCAUCCUGACCAUUGGGCUGCAGUCAGAGCACCCACAGUGUGGCAGUGGGACGUGGUGGCCGUGAGAGCACUGAGCCCCCACCACAGGCACUGCCCUGUGGGGUCUGAAGGGCUGGAACCGCCCCAGGAUUUGGGGUUGAUGGAGCCGGGAUGGUGCUCCUCUAUGUGUGCUCCAGCACCUCCUGCUGCAGAGAGCGGGAGCUCAGAGGUGUCGCAGGGAUACCAGAGAAUAUUUAAAUCCUGUGCUGGGUUUGGACCCCGCGGUGCUGUGGGUGCAGCUCUGCUGCUGCAGUCGCUUCUCCAGAACUGCAGUUUCCUAAGAAGAAAACUGGCCGGGUGAGGCAGACUGCUGCUGGUGAACACGGCCGUGAGCUGGGAGGUGCUGCAGGGAUGGCUGGAGCUGCCUGGCAGCUGGGUGGGGGCUGCAGAGCCCCCCAUGGCCAACAGUGGGGCAGAGGACAUGGGGACAGUGUAAUUCCCAAAGCAGCAGAGAUCUGCGGUGGUGUUUUGGUGCUGCUCCUGCAUGGUGGCACAGACGUGGCCAGUGCUUUGUUGGCCAAGGAAACAAGAAAAAAAGCUGGAGUGGGUCCUCCAGGGCAGCCACCAGAGACUGUGCAUUCCUCCCGACCCCUGCGCAGAGCCCCAGCCCCGGUGCUGGGCAUUGCUCAGAGGAUUUUCUAUUAUUUGUAUCAGUGACCACUUUUGUACCGACCACUCUUUGUCUCUGAUGUUACUCUUUUCGUACGACUUCAGUUUGGGUGAUUUCUUUGAAAUAAAUUUCUUGUAACCAACUGCAGCUCUCAGCUUUU